GCCCCCGUGCUCGUCGGCCGCCGCGAUGUCUGCUCAGUGCUGUGCGGGCCAGUUGGCCUGCUGCUGUGGGCCUGCAGGCUGCUCCCUCUGCUGCGGCUGCUGCCCCAAGGUGCGUCAGUCACGGACCACCCGCUUCAUGUACGCGCUGUACUUCAUCCUGGUCGUCUUCCUCUGCUGCAUGAUGAUGUCACCCACCGUGGCUAAGCAGAUGAAGGAGCACAUUCCUUUUUUUGAAGAUAUUUGCAAAGGCAUUAAAGCUGGUGACACCUGUGAGACGCUGGUGGGGUACUCUGCAGUGUACCGAGUCUGCUUUGGAAUGGCGUGUUUCUUCUUUCUCUUCUGCCUGCUGACCUUGAAAAUCAACACCAGUAAAAGCUGCAGAGCCCAUAUUCACAAUGGCUUUUGGUUCUUUAAACUUCUGCUGUUGGGGGCCAUGUGCUCAGGAGCUUUCUUCAUUCCAGACCAGGAGACCUUUCUCAAAGCCUGGCGCUACGUGGGAGCCUUCGGAGGCUUCAUCUUUAUAGGUAUCCAGCUCCUUCUGAUUGUGGAGUUUGCACAUAAAUGGAACAAAAACUGGACUGCAGGCACCACCAGUAACAAGCUGUGGUAUGCCUCUCUGUCCCUGGUGACUCUCAUCAUGUACUCUGUUGCCGUCGGGGGUUUGAUUGUGAUGGCAGUAUUUUACACACAGAAAGUCGGCUGCAUGGAGAACAAGAUUAUCCUGGGAUUAAACGGAGGCCUGUGCCUGCUUAUUUCAAUGGUAGCCAUCUCACCCUGUGUCCAGAAUCGUCAGCCACAUUCUGGGCUGCUGCAGUCAGGGCUCAUCAGCUGCUACGUCACAUACCUCACUUUCUCAGCUCUGUCUAGCAAACCUGUAGAAGUAGCUCUGGAUGAACAUGGGAAGAAUGUUACCAUUUGUGUGCCCAACUUUGGUCAGGACCUAUAUAGAGAUGAAAACUUGGUGACUACGCUGGGUACUAUCCUCUUGAUUGGGUGCAUCUUAUAUUCUUGUUUGACAUCAACAACAAGAUCAAGUUCUGAUGCUCUGCAGGGGCGAUAUGCAGCUCCUGAACUGGAAGUAGCUCGGUGUUGUUUCUGCUUCGGGCCUGAUGGAGUGGAUACCGAAGAGCAGCAGAAUGUGAAAGAGGGACCUCGGGUCAUUUAUGAUGAGAAGAGAGGCACUGUCUACAGCUAUUCCUAUUUCCACUUCGUGUUCUUUUUGGCUUCCCUGUAUGUGAUGAUGACUGUUACCAACUGGUUCCACUAUGAAAGUGCCAGCAUCGAGACCUUCUUCAGUGGGAGCUGGUCCAUCUUCUGGAUCAAGAUGGCCUCCUGCUGGGUGUGCGUGCUGCUGUACCUGUGGACGCUGGUCGCUCCCCUCUGCUGUCCCUCUAGGCAGUUCUCCGUGUGAGGAUGGCAGCUGGCCACUUCGCUCAGCAGGCUGCGCUGGAAGAGCUGUCCUUUGAACAAGUGUACCAGGGUCUGAGCAGCAACUGGCGCCUUAUGAAAAGCUGAUAUCCCCUGGCUAUUUUAAAUGUGUCUGAAAAAGCUUUCAGGGGGAUAAGGAAAAAACAAACAAACAAACAAAAAACCCAGAUGAGCUUUUUUAAUUCUGAAAUUCAGAAAGAAACUACCAAUUUGUCCUGAAGAAAUUGAGAUUUCCAACCAACCUGAACUUGUGAUACAUGCAUUUUUAUGUCUUACCCUUAGGAACUGGGUAGUGGUACUUGGAUAUGCUGUCACCAAAAGAAUGGUAUAACAUCUUUUUACAGGGAUAAAAAUUAUCUUGUGUGACCUGUUAUUCCCAUUCUUGGAAUUAAAAAGCAAGCAAAAUGUUGAGUCUCCAGCCCCCAAGAGAAUCCAGACCCCUGUCUCUCUUACUUUCAUCUCCUGAAUCACUUCCUGGAGCCUUUUCCCCAAAGGGCUCUGCUCACAGCUCCCUAGUAUUUAUAGGGAACAAGAGGAAGCACCUGUCUUUAAAUCCACCCUCAGUGCUGCCUCCUCGUGGUCCCCAAGUGUUUCCCUUUGUGGUUGUGAUGCUGGGAAUCACAGCUUUCCCUCUCUGCCCUUGGCCUUCCAGAGGUCCCCUCAUCCUUUCUGGGUUUAGCAUCUUUGUAAUAAUGUGAAAAGCACAAUUUGCCAUCACUGUCCAUGUGUUUCCCCAUCAUGUUAACACUACCUGAUCCAAGUUACUGCAAUAAGUAGGGCACUUAUCCAUGGUGGUGUUCAUGUGAUUCUAGAACAACAUUCAUGUUUUCGUUGCCUAAGCGAUGGAGAACUAUGGUUCUUACUUGUUCGUGCUAUAAUUAAUAAUACUUUAAGGACCUUAACAAAAAGUUUCUUCUUGGCUGAAAUCUGCUGCACCCCUCUUUCAAGUGUAAAGGUUAGCCCCUCAGCUUCUCCUCCACCGUGAAGCCUUUGAAAUUAUAAAAGCAAAAGAGCUUUUGUUUCCUGAAUUUGUAAUGUGACCACACUAUUAAUGUCCAUUGUGGUUUCAUUUCCUUGGAGUAGAUUUGCUGAGGUGAAAAUCCCAGGUGGCCUCUCAAACAGGGCUGACCAGACAAGUCUGUUAGAAGCUGUGGAGUAACUAAAUAUCCUUAGAAGAAGAGGUGGGUGGUUGGGGAUAUUUAAUUAAGCCAUAAACAACAGCUAGAGAAAUUUCCAAAAUACAUAUUUGUAGAGUAAAACGAGAAUUGACUUUUGGCAGCUAUGUGAGAUGUACAUUUUCAGUAUUGGAUGUUCUUAUCAGGGAGGAGGUUUGUUCAGUGUAACUCCAGUAAAGACACCAGUGGACCCAGGCGCAAUGGUGCAUGCCUGUAAUUCCAGCGGCUUGUGGGUCUGAGGCAGGAGGAUCAUGAGUUCAAAGUCAGCCUUAGCAAAAGUGAGGCGCUAAGUAAGUCAGGAGACCCUGUCUCUAUGUAAAAUGCAAAAUAGGGCUGAGAUGUAGCUCAAUGGCCAAGUACCCCUAAGUUCAAUCCCUGAGUUCACACCAGUGGAAAUGCCAUGAGACUCUUUUUGAACCUCCUGGAAGACUUGGUAGACCCUUUUUCUGUGCCCCUCUGUAUGAGUUGAGUAGAACUGAGUCUCACCUAAACCUGGCUCCCAUGUGCCAACGUGCUAAUGGGGGAAAUUACUCAGAUUUUUCUUUUCUACUCACUCCUUUGCCGUCUUCUCAAAAAAUACCAAGGAGGAAGCAAAGACAGGAGUGAAUUCCUUUAGGAAUUUGCCUUUUUUAUAGUGUUUGAGAUUCAGUCUUAAAAGGCCCUUAAUGUAUGCCUAUGUCAGUGUAUGCAUAUUUUUUUUUGUAGGGCAGAACUCCAUGCUGAGCAGUUCAAAGCUGCAUCCAAAGUCACCAAAUAAACAGUUGAACAGUUGUACACCAAGUCUGAGUGACUCUAGUGAAGCCACUGGAGAGCAAGCUCCAUGAAUUAGUGACAGUCUAGGAAAUGAGGCUGUGUGUGGCAGCCCCCUGGCAGAGGCCACUUCAGUGCCUGGUGCAGUGACCUGGGGGCUCUCGGUCAGCCAAGGUCACCCUUAGGAAACACCAUAAGAAGCCCUUUAAUAGCCAAGGUAGAAUCACAGGCAGUUUCCUUGAAUUUCUUCCUGCAGAGAUCUAGUUGAGUUCUUGAUUUGUCUUCCCAUGUGGGUCUGGCAGCCAGCUGGGGUAACUUUAGAACUGACCCUUACGCCAGGUCAGGGUCCUGCUGACAAGGCCAUGCAUCCUGGGCUGGCCUUUGUUGGCCCCUUUGUUCUGUAGAAAGAGGCUCAGAGAAACAUAAAUGAAGAUAAUGCCCCUCACAGCUUCCAUCUUAGCCAGCCCAGCCCACCCCCGUUGUGUAGCCGCACAACUCUUGGUUUGUGGCACAGUGUUCUCCUCUGAAGGUCUGAUGAAGGUCCUUCUCAUUUUUAUUUUCAACUGACAGUGUUAGCAAGGUUCUGGGAUGGCCACAGAUAGAUGGUUGCACUCUGAGAACCUAGGGUGUAGAGACAAGAAGUCAACUUUAAUGAUUAUGAACAAUGAGAAACAAUAUUCAGGUGAUGAAUCAACAUUGAUAGUUUAAAAAAAAAAAAAACUACAUUUUGUGUUAUUGAGACUUAAGAAACUGGAAAAAUUGUGCCAGUUGCUUCAGUUGCAAUAACAGUGGUGUUCAUUUAACUCACUGAUGUCUUUUAAAAAAAUAACAGACUUUUGCUUCCUCCAAGUUUUUGUACCUGAUUACAAAGGUGCCUUUCCUGAAGCUGCUGGUCAGGCUCCUCUGGAGAUGAAAGCUGAAGAUUUUAAGAGACUGUGCGUCUGUUUCCCCUGUGCCAUUCAUCUGAUGUGGAAAAUUUCUCCCUCUCAUUUUCAUGAGGGAGACUCCUGGGAGUGUCACUGUAGGUAGACAUGUAACCUGAAUGAAGACGAGAGACAAUCUUCUAAAUCUCAAGUCUUCAGAAAACCUGCCAUGUCAUUACUGAGUUGAGCUUUUGUAAUACUAGUUGGUUGGUUAUGGUUUUGUCUUCACAGUUUCUUGGGAAAUUGUCUACAAAUUGUUUGCCAGAGGUUUAUUGAGUAGAUAGACUAUGGGUGUAGGCGGGAGGGAGGGUGGAGUCACUGGGACUCUUAGGGUUUCUGUUUCCAGUGAGUAAUGGCCAGCAAGGGAGUUCCCACAUUGAGGACUUGCAGUUCCUCAGAGGAUCCUUCACUGUGAAUGACCUCAGCCUCCAGUUAAUCACCCCUCUCCCCAAAUUGUUGUUCUCUGCCUUUUUAAGAUGACGUUCUUAUUUAAUUUUUGCCAGACAGUUUACCAUCAUUGGUGCUUCAUGUUAUCCUGUGAAGGGAAUUCCAGGGCAUGUAUUUAAGCUUCCUGGGCUUUCUUUUUUUCUCUUUCUCUUGCCUUUCUGAAUAAGAUCUCGUUUUGUUGUACACUCACAUCCUACACCUCUUGUAGUUGAAAGAGGGCUUUGCCCCCAACCAAGAGGGUUCUGGCCUUGAGCUAAUAAGAACCUGAACACCUAGAAAGACCAGUGGACCCUCCUCCGUCAAGGACAGUGCAGGUAGCCUCUUGGCUCAUGGAAUUUUCCAUGGGAUGUUCUCUGCAUCUUGCGAAUAAGCUGAGUUUUACAUUUCAGGCAGAGAAGGGUUCUCUCAGGUUGGACCUGUGACUUCAUGGGAUGAUAGAGCUAUUCACACGGAUCUUUAGAUCUUUCUUCUUCAGUAGAUAUUCACAGAGUCCGUCAUUUUUGAAAGGUUGAAAUAUUUGGCUUUUACCAAAGAAGCUUUUUGGUUUUGUUUUAAAACGAAAUCCUUUCAGAAAAAAACUUAAUUGGGGAAGGGAAGAUUAAGAAUGCGUAUGUCCAAAUCCACUUCCUUAGAAGUUUAAUCAUUCAUGUGAAUAAAAUGAUAGAACUGUUCAAAGGUAAUCCUUUGUGAUAAAGGAUCCUGGGAAAUUCCCUCAGGUAAAGAAAGCUUACAACAGAUGCGUAAUAUAUGUCUUGAGAGCUAUUUAUAAGAAAUUUAAGAGGAUUGUUUUGUCUUCCUUUAUUAAAGAUUUAAGCUUUUUUUAUUUUGCAAAGAAAACCAACAAUUUUAUAGUCAUAACUUUGUUAAUUUUUUAAACUUUUUUGGAACAAUUAGCUGUAGCCAAAUUUUGUGGUUACGUUUUGCUAUAUUAGAAUUUGAAACUGCAAUAGGUGUGGUAAAUCUACUGUUCGAAGUUUAUAAAGGUCUGUGAUAUGGUUAGGUUUUGCUAACUUUUGAAAUAGCUAUUUUUCCUUUUAGUUACAAAGCCGAUUAUGAAUUUGUAUUUGUUUUUUGAAUGCUAAUUUUUCUAUACAGCAUCUGAAGUUGAUCAGUCUUUUCCUAUGUAGAAAAUGCAAAACUUGUUAACUCUGUACUUUAAUAAAAGGUAAAAUUGAAAA